AUGGAAAAUUGUCAAAUAUGCAAUAGAGAAAUACCGAUUGGGAGUCCCUGCGUCUGCCAAGAAGAAAAUAGCUUGCAUCCUGAGCUAGACAUGCUAUUGACUAUUUUAGAUGUAAUGGACUAUAAAGUGAAACUGUAUAAAGAAACCAUGCAGAACCGGCUGUUUAUGAUAAAAGAAGAUAUAAUGGCAAGCGUUAAUGAAGAGAUCACAAAAUAUCACCAAUUUUUGUUGAAAAGUAUGAACACGCUUGAAAAUUUUAUCGAUUUGCUGCAAAAUUAAAUAAAAUGGUAUUAUGCGUACAUAAAUUUCUUAUGGACGUUAUACUCGCAAUUUUCAUAUGAAAUUUCAAAUUAUGAAUUUGCCGCACUAAAAUCUGCGUUUUGAAACGCAUAUUUGGUUUUCACAUACCAAAUUCAAAUUGACAUGCAUAUGCAUGAUAAGAAAUUAUUGCGAUACAUAAUAGAAUUUAGCCUGUUGCAAAUAAAUUUAUAAGCUAGAGCGCCUCAUAAGAAAUUAAUUAAUUAAUGCUGCAAAACAGUGAAGAUGAAGAAAACAUCCCCGACGAGCUUUUAAACGUAAUUCCUAGCAUCAAGCCUAUCAAGUUUAGCUUAAACUCUACAGAAAUCCAAGAAGAAUUCGCAAGAGCUCUGGCAGGAGAGCACGUGUAUUUUAGAGAAUCAAUAAGAGCAAAAUCUAGUUCUUAA